AUGGAGAAUUCAAUUAGACAUUCAGUUGAUAUAAAGUCAGAAGAUUUUGUAGUUAUAAUUGCCCUUCAGAAUUUACAAACUUUUAUUAUGAUUGGAUAUACAGCAGUAAAUAAAAUACAUUUAACAUUCGAUGUUGAAUAUUUAUGGGCAUUGUGUCUUGGGACAUUAUUAUUUAUAUAUUCUUUGAUUAGUUUUGUUGUAAUAAGAACUUUUGUGUUAUCAAAAAUUGAUAUUGGAAAAUAUGUUUUAGAAAUUUUAUUUUUUAUAAGUAUUAUAGUUACCUGUACCUUAUCUUUAAUUAUUGAUUCUUUUAAAAUAGCUAAUAUGCAAUUAUUAUUUUUUUCAUUUGCUCUUACAGGAUAUGCAUACUAUAAUUUAAUAACCUUGUUUUUUUUUAGUGUAGCUGCAGGAAUAUUAAUACAAUAUAAUUUAAAUAUAGGAUCCUUUGGAGCUGACAUUGAUGCUUUAUUUUUUAUUGAUCUCUUAUCUUAUAUUUUACAAAUUAUUGGAGGGAAUAUCUUAUAUUUCCGUGUCUAUGAAUUAUGUUGUCUUUUAGUCAUAUCAAAAAAAAACCCUUGUAAAUAUGUUGUAGCUUCAAAAAAAGUCAAAAACUUAGAAAAACAAAUAUUUUCCUCAUUAAUCAAUUCAUAUAUAUGUUUUAAAUCGAAAACAUAUUCACACUUACCAUAUCCUAAUGAUUCGAAAAAUAAUAAUAACGCAUCUAUUGUAACUUAUGAAAAAAAAAAAAAAAAUUCAGUAUUACAUCAUGAAUAUUCACAUGAAAAUAAAAAUAGCCACUUUUCUAGUGAUAUUAAUACUACAACACAUCAUAAUAUAAAUAAUAAAAAUAAAGCAUAUUUAAAUUCAAAAUGUACAACACACUAUAACUUAUCUCUUAAUAAUAGUAAGAUCAAUAGUUAUAAUUCUGGGGAAAAAAUUCUUACACACAAUAUAGUCAAAAAAAAAAUUAACCAAAAAGAAAAAGAAAAAAAUGAAUAUUUCCAUUUGGCUAGCUCAAAAAAAAAAAAAAAAAAUAAAACAAAAAUAAAUAAAAUUUCCAAUAUUGUUCAAAAAAAAAAAAGCAAUACUGUAAAUAUGAAUAUUCCUGAAAAUAAUUAUUUUAUAUUCCCCAUAAAUGAAGACAACUACAAUAGGAUAAGAACAGCGUGUGAUAUAUCAACAUUAAAAUAUAAUGAUGAUAAAAAUGGAAAUGAGUAUAACAUUUCACAAAGAAAGAAGAAUGAAUCACACGUUGUAAUAAAUAUCGCAAAUAAUGAUAAUAAUAAUAAUAAUAAUAAUGAUGAUGAUAAUAAUAAUAAUGAUGAUAAUGAUAAUAAUAAUAAUAAUAAUAAUGAUGAUGAUUAUAGUUGUAGUAGUAGUAAUAGUAUUUAUUGUAAUAAAAAUGAAUAUACUUCUGAUAAUAUCAACCAUUUUAAUAGUUCAAAAAUAAGCUCAAAAUCAGGCAAAAAUGAUAAAGAUUCACAAAAUAUAGAAAAGGAACAAACAAAAUUAAAAAAUAUUAAAAGUUCCAAUAAUCUAUUUAACAAUGAACAACAAAAUGGUGUUAUUAAAAAAAACUACAAAACUAUAUUGGAAAGAAAAGACAAAGAAGAAGACUCGCAUAUAAUAGACUAUUACCAAAAUAAUAAUAAUAAUAAUAAUAAUAGUAAUAUAAAUUUAACAGAAAAUAAAAUUAAUAAAAUGAGAAAUUGCUUACUCAUAAAAUGCUAUAUUGAUAAUAAAAACAAGGAAGCAGAUGAAAAUAAUAAAAUGGAUAAUAAUAAUUUCAUACCAGCUGACCAAAAGCAUAAAAUAAAAAACAAUACAGAUAAUGUAUGUCAAAUUGAAAAACAAAUUCUAUGUAAUUUUGAAGAUGAUAAUAAAAUAUAUAAUAAUUGUAAAUUAUUAACGUGUAAUUAUAAUAUAUUAAAUAAAACAUGUAAUUUAUAUGCUUCUAAAAUAUUUUCACAAAGUGACAUCACUUUAUAUGAAGAUAUCAUUAUGCAAAACGAAAUAACAAAUGAACAAAUAAAAGAUAUAUCAAAAAAAAAAAAAAAAAAAAAAAAAAAAAAUUGCACUGUAUAUCCCAUAAAUAAAACAAAUAAUAAUAAUAAUAAUGAUAUAUAUAAUAAUAAUAAUAAUAAUAAUAAUAAUAAUAAUGAUGAUGACAUAUAUAAUAACAAUGGUGAUAUCUUAAGCUAUGAUGAAGACAAAAAUAUAGUAUCCAACACAUAUAUAGAAGAACAAAAUUAUACAACAUUCAUAACGGAAGAUGUAAACCCAUACAAUUCAGACGAUUCGGUAAAAUUAAAAAAUAUAAAAAUUGAUAAAAAUAUGUUGUUAUCGGAAGAAAGUGAAUUAUACGAAAUUAAAAAAAAAGUUUUAGGAAAAAGAUAUGAAGAAGAAAAAUAUAACAAUAAUAAUAAUAAAAGUAAAAAUAGUAUAAUUUUCAAGAAAUCGAAAAGUGCCAUAUGUAUAGGAGAUACAAAAAUAAAUAAAACAAGUCAUAAUAAUUUUUCAAAUAAUAAAUAUUUCUCAAAUAAUAAAUAUUUUUCAAAUAGUAAAUAUUCCUCAAAUAGUAAAUGUAUACAAAAUAAUAAAUAUCAUACAAGCAGUAAAAAUUUUUCUAAUAAUAAUAGUAACAGUGUUACAUCCAAAACAUUCUUAAGCAAUUAUAUACAUAAAACAUCAAAUUUAGAUAUUAAAAAUUCAAAUAAUACAGCAUCUUAUAGUAAUAUAAACAAAAGAAUUAAUAUGAAUACAAGACAGACAUAUGAUAUCUUAGACAAAAUUAUAGAAUUAGAUAUUAGUAAUCAAACCAAAAAAAAACAAAAAAAACAUAAAAGAAAAGAUUUGUCUUUAUAUUCAAAUAAAAAAAAAAUAUAUUUCUCAUCAAAAAAAAAUGGUUACAGAUAUAAAUACUUAUUUAUGAAUAACCCGAAAGUUCAAAUGUUAUUUAUGUCCUUACCAAAAUGUUUACAAAAUUUCUUUGAUGUAUCCAAAAAGGUACUUUUUGAUUUAAAAAAAAAAAAAAUACUCAUGCAAAAUGCUACUUGGAAAAGUAAAAUAUUCAUACCUGAAAGAAACCCAUUAGGAAUAUUUAAAAAUCCAAAAAUUGAAAAAUGGUAUAUAUCAUGGAUGGAUGAAUUUAAUAAAAAUAUUAUAUGCAAAACAUAUUAUAUACAUAUAUACUUAAUCAUAUAUAUAAUUCUAUUAGAUUUAUUAACAACAUAUAAAUUAUAUACAUCUAACUGGAUACGUAAUCCAUUAGGCUUCCAAACUUAUGUACCAUUUGUUCUUAUAAAAUUAUUAAUGAAUAUAAUCAUAUAUAUAUUUUAUGUAUUCAUAUCAUAUAAAAAUAUAAACCAAUUACAUUAUGAUAUUAAAAAAUAUUACUUUUCGACACUUUUAUUAUGUCUAUGCAAACUAAUUAUAAGCUUAUUAGAUAUAUAUAUUGCUAUCUCUUCAUUAGAUUAUUUUAAAAGCCCAUAUUAUGUUUAUGUAUAUAUACAUAUGUUAAUAAUUCAAACAUCCAUAUUACUAAUAGUAAGAUAUCCAACACAUUAUUUAUUGUAUUUUCUAUAUAUUAUAUCCUUCACAUCUUUAUAUUGGUCUUUUUCAAUCCACAAAGCAUUUAUGGAAUUCCUAUUUAUAAUCGCUUGUGUAUCAUUUACAAUAAUAUACUCUUAUAUUCUAUGCUCAAGAACUUUAGAAAUUAAUAGAAGAAACUUAUUUUCAAAAUAUGAGCUACCAUAUUUAUUAUAUCUUAAGGAAAUUGUAUACUCUCUCAAGAAAAAUCAAGGUAAAAAAUAUGUGUAA